GGGGAGCUGGUGCUCCAUGAGCAGCUCCAUGAUGGGGAGAAGCCCCACACGUGCGGGGAGUGUGGGAAGAGCUUCAGGUGGAACUCCCGCCUGAUCCAGCACCAGAGGACCCACACUGGGGAGAAGCCCUACGAGUGUGGGGAGUGUGGGAAGAGCUUUAGCCGGAGCUCCGGCCUGAUCCAGCACCAGAGGACCCACACAGGGGAGAGGCCCCACGAGAGUGUUCCAAGAGCUGUGGGAAGAGAUUUCAGACCAGAGGACCCAUCCUCUCCAGCACCAGAUCAAAGUGUGGGAAGAGGUUUCAGACCAGCUCCCAUCCUCCAGCACCAUCAGAGUCACACAGGGAGAGGCCCUUCCGUGCCCAGAGAGAAGGGAUUCCAGCAGAAAUCCCACCUUAUCACCCACCAGCGCAUCCACACAGGGGAGAGGCCCUACGAGUGUGAUAAAUGCAGGAAGAGGUUUCUGACCAGCUCCCAUCUCCUCCUGCACUAUCGGAUUCACACAGAGGAGAGGCCCUUCCAAUGCCCUGACUGUGGGAAGGGGUUCAAGUACAACUCCGACCUUGUCAAGCACCGGCGCAUCCACACAGGGGAGAGGCCCUACGAGUGUCCCCAGUGUGGGAAGAGCUUCUCCAGCAGCUCUAACUUGACCCAACACCAACGGAGGCACCACUAAGGG